AUGCUAAAAAUUCUCAUUCCAACCCUUAUAUUAAUCCCACUAACCUGAUACUCAAAAAAGCCAUGAAUAUGGGUUAAUACUACAAUAUAUAGCCUAUUAAUUAGCAUUACAAGCUUACCCCUUAUUUAUCACAACACAGACCUAUCAUACAACUUCAAUAAUUCAUUCUCAAUAGACUCACUAUCAGGCCCCCUCCUAAUCCUAACAUGCUGACUACUUCCUCUAAUGAUUAUAGCAAGCCAAAAUCACCUAAAAAAAGAACCCCUAGCACGAAAAAAACUUUACCUGACUAUACUCAUUAUUCUUCAACUUUCACUAGUCAUGGCCUUCACCUCAUCAGAACUAGUCAUAUUUUAUAUCUUAUUCGAAACUACCCUAAUCCCAACCCUAAUUAUUAUUACCCGUUGAGGUAAUCAAAACGAACGACUAAACGCAGGCCUUUAUUUCUUAUUCUACACCUUAAUUGGAUCCCUCCCCCUACUAGUAGCCCUUCUAAACUUAAACAACAACCUAGGCUCACUUCACAUCCUAAUAAACUACAUUACCAUUAACCCACAAAGCAAUACAAUAUCUAAUUCCAUAUUAUGAUACGCUUGCAUAAUUGCUUUUAUAGUCAAAAUACCCUUAUAUGGUCUACACUUAUGACUCCCCAAAGCCCAUGUAGAAGCCCCUAUCGCAGGCUCAAUAGUAUUAGCAGCUAUUCUACUUAAAUUAGGAGGCUACGGAAUCAUACGAAUCACCACAUUCACCGAACCUAUAACCCCCUACCUAUUUUACCCCUUCAUUAUCUUGUCCCUAUGGGGAAUAAUCAUAACCAGCUCAAUCUGCAUGCGCCAGACAGAUCUAAAAUCACUAAUUGCAUACUCCUCCGUCAGCCAUAUAGGAUUAGUAAUUAUCGCUGCCCUAAUACAAACCACGACUAGCUUUAUAGGAGCUACCUCACUAAUAAUUGCCCAUGGUCUGACAUCCUCCUUACUAUUCUGCCUAGCUAAUACCAAUUAUGAACGAAUUCAUAGCCGUACUAUAAUCCUAGCUCGAGGCCUGCAAUUAAUUCUACCACUGAUAUGCACAUGAUGACUACUAGCUAGUCUAGCUAACCUAGCCCUACCCCCAUCCAUCAAUCUCCUAGGAGAACUAACAGUCAUCAUUUCAUCAUUCUCGUGAUCCAACUUCUCCAUCCUCCUCCUAGGAAUUAACACAGUUAUCACUGCCCUAUACUCCUUAUAUAUGCUUAUUACCUCUCAACGGGGAAAAUUCACCCAUCAUCUCAUCCCCAUCCACCCAUCCCUUACACGAGAGCAUAUACUAAUGACCCUUCACAUCUUACCCCUAAUAAUACUAUCACUUAACCCAACAUACAUCCUAGGAAUUACAUACU